AUGAGCUCUGCUGAAGAAUUGGCAGCUGAGUACGAGAAGGACGGUGGACCGGAAUUCACUGGCUCAUCUGGCAAGCGAUCAAAGGCUGAGCGUGUCGAGCACAAGCAUAACAAUCCUGGAGGUGAUACGAGGAAAGUGGUCCAGAUUGCACAAAACGGAGAAGCCAAGAGACGAGAGCAAGCACUCGGCAAAUAA